AAAUUCAAAGCAAAUCUCAAUCUUUUUUUAACAUUCAAAUUAACAUGUAAAACUCGAAAUGUCUUCCAAACGCCGCGAAACCGCCCUCGCCUUCCUCGCGGCUUUCGAAACACUCGACGCAGACGCACACCUCUCUCUCCGCACACAAAACUGCCUCAACAUCUUCCGACCCGCCGCCCAACCCGCACCACUCGCCAACCCGGAAUUUGGCGCUCAUAUCAACCGCCUCAAAACAGUGAUAGAGCGUUUCCCGGUUUGGCCAAAGGAAGUCAUGGAAGAUGAGAAACAGAAUAGGGUUAUCAUUUGGGCAGAAGGGGAACUGGUGAUCAAGAAGGAGUUUAGGGAUGAAGGGUUGAGUGAGCAGCAGUGGAUUUAUAGGGGCGAGUAUAUGUUUGUUUGCAGUAUGGAUGAGAGUGGCGAGAAGAUGGAGAGGGUGGUGGAGUUUUUGGAUAGUAAGGCGGCGGAGCAGGGGAGAAGUUUGAUCAGGAGGGCGAGGGCAAACUUGGAGAGGUUGGAGAAGGAGGGAAGUGAGAAGUAAAAGGAAGAAGUAUGCUUUCGGAUUGAUGUUUACAGAAAUGAAGAAAAAUCACUAUCAAAUACAUAUAUAAAAAAAAGACACCCCU